AUGCAAAAGAGAAUCGCCAAAGCAAAGAACAACGCUUGGAAAAGAUGGCAACGAGAAUACGUACACAGUUUAAUGGAAAGCCAACGAGUAAACGGAAAGCCAGUUAACGCGCCUGAAGUCGGUGAAGUAGUUUUAGUCGUGGGAGAAGAAAAGAACAGGAGCGAAUGGAAGAAGGGAAAGGUAGUGCGACAAGUCAAAGGUAAGGACGGAGUGGUGCGUGGCGUGGUACUUUUACACAAGGGACACACUAUCGAAAGACCGAUACAGUUGGUGUGUCCACUCGAAAUUCGAUGCACAACGCAAAUAGAACAAAAAAAGAACGAAGAGAAGCAGACGGUUGAAAAUGAAAGGAAGAAACGGGGAGCAGCAAUUGAAGAGGGUACGAAAAUACGUGAGCUAGCAGAAAAGGAGGAUGCAGACUAA